AUGUCAAACCCUAAUAUAACCCUCUCGAUCGCUUCGGUGCAAAACAUCACGGAUCCCCCUGUGCGGAGCAAAAUUGGGAGGAUUUUCGGAUUGUACAGCGCCGGAAGCGCAGGCUGCAGCAGUCUCUGGCGCGAUGCGGCCCUGGUUGUACCGUCGGCUUUGUUGGUAUUGUACCUAGGGUUCCAGGCCAGGCGCCAUCUGAAGAAGCUCAGCUACCGGAAGUCUUACGUAAUGAUUGCGUACUACGCGCUCCUAUGGUUCUCGGCUCUUCUCAAUUUGGCGUGGUCUCUUCUUCAGGGAUGGCAGUGUUCCUUUGUUGCAGUUGAGUUGACAUACCAGGCAAUCUUCAUUUUUGGGUUUGGGGUGCCGCUCUUCAUAAGUGCUGAUGCUUCACAUUGGGGGAAGUGGGGUGUAUUGUUUGUUCAUACCUUGGUGCUCACAGCAGUCUAUUGCUACAUACUGUUUGUUCACUAUUCAAAGUGGAGAGAUAAGUUGCCACCAAGGCCUUCAUUCUACAACUACGUAGUUGUCAUGUUCAUAAUAAAUGCUCUGGGGUUGUUUGCUAGUGGACUGGCUGGAAAUGGUUUUGGGCUUGGACUUUGGUUGUACAAUGUUAUAAUUAUCUGCUAUCACUCCCUUUAUCUUUCUUUCCUGUACGUAACUUUCCUGGUUGGCUUCUUCCAGGAGGAAGAUUGGCUUUUGGAUAAUGCAUAUUACUCAGAGAUGAAAGAUGCUGGUUUUCUCGAUACCGAGUGGCAUUAG